AUGGACGACGUCGACACAUCCACUGUCGCGCCAAGCAUGAUGAGCAGCACCACAGCCGCCUCGACGGCGGGAACCUCGUCACCCACCUCACCCCGCUCGACUGCCGACCUUCGCGCUGACCUCAAGGCCGCACUUGAGGCCAAGGAGGCGGCCGAGACGCGCACAUCCGUCCUCGAAGCUGAACUAGCCCGUUUCAAGGACCAGUUUACGUUCGCCAAUGCUGCCAAGGAGGCUUUGGAAGCGCAGUUGCGCGAGGAGAUUACGCGCCGCGAAAAGGCCGAGGAACAGGUCGAAUCGCUACGUGGUGCGGUGGACGCCGCUCGGCGUGGAGUGAUGCAGCUCCAGAAACAGGAGAGUGAUCGCGCUGCUCGUCGCCAGAGCGGAUUGCUCGAGGAAGAACCGAGCAGAAAGCGCCAGAGUCUGUAUCUCGGAAAUCGGCGGCCUGUCAGCCAGGGUCCUCCCGAAGAGGAGAAGAAGGACGUAAAGCACGACAAGCUGGGCGGACUUCGCGAGCUUCGCCUCGGCUCUGGCGUGGGACACUCUAGAGGGAUGAGCACGAGUCUUGGCGCGCCGCCGCUGCUCAUCGACGACAACUUACCUUCGUCGCCCAGAAGAGCCGCCAUCUCACCCAGAAGUCCGCACCACCCACGCUCGCCGGCCUCCAAUUCCCCGCCACCCACCACAACCACUCUCACGCCACCCAAGUCUCCGGGCCUCGCUCUGGCGCCCGCCCCUCCGCCCCUGGCGAUCCCCUCCACACCGGCCGAACGGCGCACCUCCGCCCUCUCCGUCGCUUCCGCAUCCAGUCUUCAAGCCACUUCGCCAAUCCUCCCAGUGACCAACGAGCAUGUUGAGCAGCUUGAAUCCGCGCGCAUCGAGACCGCCGCGCUGCGCGCACACGUCGAGGCGCUGGAGAUGAAGCUCGCUGAAGCGGAUGAGGCGCGCGCCGCUUCCGACGAUUGUCUGCGCGCCCUGCGCGAGUUCCUAGCGGCCGACCCUGAAGCCGGCGGUGGCAGCGUGUCCCUCCCGCCCCUCCCGCACGAGAUAGGCGACGAUGAGCCAGCGCCGGAGCCGGAGCCAGAGAAGAAGGGAUGGGGAUUCGGGCUAUGGAACGAGACCCCGAAGCGGCGGGGCUCGUCUUCCGCGUCGAUCGCGCCGUCAAUCGCGCCGUCAACUACGAGCGUGACGAGUCCCCCGCCUGCGCCAGAGGGGCUUCCACCCGUCUUUGAAAACAUGGCCGACCCCAUGGCGCUGGACAAGAUCCCCCCGCCUCCCCCGCCGAAGGAAGACAAGCCGAAGGAGGAGACCAAGGGCUGGCUCGGGGGCUGGCGCAGCACCUCCACCACCGCGGCACCUCCCCCGCCUGAACCGGCACCAGAAGGCGCCAAUCUCGGCCGCAGCCUCACCUCAUUCUUCGGGCGACGGGCACGGGCCGCCUCCCUCGCGGCCGCCAAGGCUGAGGCGGACAAAGCUGACGCCGAGGCCUUCAAGGACAAGGAUGAGGAUGCGCCGCUGUCGAGCGCGGUCGCUAUUGCCGCUGGCGAGAGCUCAGAGUUUGGAUUCAAGCUUCCGCCCAGCGAGAGCGAGGGGAGUCUCAAGACGCUUGCGGCGCGUGCUGAGAGAGUUUCGGGGGAUGAUGACACCCAGUCGAGAGUGGCGGCGGCUAAGGCUAAGGCUGAGGCUUUGGCGACAGAGCGGGCGGAGAAGAGGCGCGCUAGGGCCGCCGAGAGGUUGCCGGGCGCUAUGACCGCCGACCAGAUCCUGAAGGCGCGUGAGGUGGACGAGGCGAAGGAGGCCAAGGUCGAGACAACCAAGGUCGAGGCCAAGGAGCAGAGCAAUGAGGAGAAGGAGGAGAUCGGGGCCGAUAAGGACAAGGAUGAGAAGGAGGACUCGGGCCUCGCCUACCUCGAGGAGCCCAACCCUAAGCCCGACUCGAAGGACGCCAACCCCGAGCCCAAGUCUGACUCCAAGGACAAGCCAGCACUCUCCGUCUCCACCGCCGUCCCAGCGUCGACUCUCUCGCCCCCGUCGUCGUCGAAGUCACCAGCAGCCUCACGCUCAUCUCUUGAUUCCAAGUUCGAGACCAAGGCGCCCCUCCGCCGCCGCAACUCGCCCACGUCGUCCCCCGUCUCGCCAGCCCUCAGCCGUGGUGGCUCGAUCUCGCCUACCAUCAGCCGCGGGGUUUCGCCAAACCCCAUCACUAACGAGCAGGAGGAACUUGCGGAUGAGAAUGAGGACGAGGAUAAGCCCGCCAACGUGCCCAAGCGUCCGCAGAGGCGUAACGCUAGUAAGCGUGGCCGUGGGAGCGCCAAAGUCGCGAGGGGAAGGGGCAGUUACGUGUAG